CCUCCAAGAAAUGGAGGUGGCCGGUAGACCCCCCCACUUAUCUGCCUGGUAUAUAGAUACGCUUGCAUGGAUAUAGAUCUUGCAGAAAUCUUAUACUCUUAACCAUCUCACCCUCUGAUAGUGAUUGGUAAGCCUGGCUAGGCACAGUAUUCAAUUUGUGUCACCUCGCCGUGAAGUUCGAGGUUCACAGUUUGACAAGAAAAUUUUACACCGAGUCGCGAUCAGACGCCCUCUUAGAAGUUUUCUGGUCCUGGGAUUGAUCUUUCUUAUCAACAUGAGAGCCUCCGCAUUGUCCCCCGUGCUGCUGGCGGGUGUGGCCAUAGCCUCAGGAGCACUGGCUGGCAAGAAACGGCUGAUUAUCGACACGGAUAUGUUGAAUUUUGAUGACGACCCACUUGCAAUCGGAUUGGCGAAUAUACUGCAAAACUGGGGUCAGGUAGAGUUAAUCGGUGUUAUGUCAAGCAUUAACAGCCGUUACGCUUGCCCGGGUAUCGAUGCUAUAAACACCUAUUUUGGGCAUCCAGAUGUACCAACGGCAAUCCAGAAGCCUGUCGAUAACCUUACACAAUGGCCGGACCAUCCCGAGUAUGGAGAUUACCUUACCGGGUUGACUUACAACUUCACCGAGGAUAUCCGAGAUGGGAGUAUAACUCCGGAUCCGGUGUCCUCGUAUCGAUAUCUUCUCUCAACAUCAGCCGACAACUCCAUCACCAUCGCCGUGAUCGGGUUUUUCGAUAACAUGUUCAAUCUCAUGAACUCCGGACCCGAUCAGAUAUCGCCGUACACCGGCGCGGAGCUACUCGCAUCUAAAGUUCGCGAACUGGUCGUGCAAGGCAAUGAUGUGGGAUAUUCGUACAAUCUGAAUACUCAUAACGCGACGUUUGCCGAAGCCGUGCUGAACUGGUGGCCGGGAAAACUAACAUUCGCAUCGGAUGACGUCGGCGAAAACACCGUUAUCGGUACUCGUAUCACUACCGAGUUAGACGUGACGAAGAAUCCGCUCGGCUACGCUCUGCGCGCUAAUAUCGGGUACGGCCAAAAACACUAUAUGUGGGAUGCCGUGGCCGUAUAUUACGCGGUUUGUGGGCUAGAUGAUGUAUUCGAGUGGAAGUACCAGUCCGGGCGAGUGAGGUUCAAUGCCUCGGCCUACGCGACGUGGGAGACUAAUGCGACAAGUCAGCAAAAUUCUAUCGAGUUCAAGGUAUCCAAUGAGACAUAUGGGGAAAGGUUGGAAAAUAUGUUAUUAUGGGAGCCAGACCAACCUGUACCACAGAGAUCGUAUUGUAAAAAUUAGCCUGUCGUAGAUUUUUGAGACUUAGGGGUGGUUUGGCCUGUCGCAUAGGAGAUUUUGUACCUAACAGGCCAUUUUGAGGCUGUAUAUAUUGCCAGGAUGUUCUAUACAUAGAGCUCUCUAUAAGCCAAUGACCUCAGCUGGCAGCUG